AUGAGCCAACAUCUUGCAGGACUCGAAGCCUCUCGCCCGCAUGUCGAUUCCGCCAUGCCCAACGAGGUCGUCGUUGGCGAGGUCCACCACAACGAGCAGAUGAAGAAAAGUUUCAACAUCUGGAGUGCUGCGGGCCUCCCGUGUUUAUCUACUCCUACUUUAGUAGGCUGCACCUUCAGUUUCCUUCUUUGCCUGUCCUUGGCCGAGAUCGCAGCUGUUUAUCCUUCUGCCUCGGGACAGAUCUACUGGACUGCAGUUUUCUCCAACAACAAGCAUGCUCGCUCGCUGAGUUACUAUACCGGCUGGAUGCUUUGUUCAGGAUGGUUUCUAUGGGUCGGUGGCACAAAUCUCUUGGCUGCUCAGAUACUCUCCGCUAUUGUGACAGCCUUUUACCCCUCAUUCUCGGCCUCUUCCUGGCAGAUCUACCUACUGGUUGCUGCUUUCACAUUGGUCAACUGGAUACUUAACGUUCCACUUUUCAAUUUUUACCCUCACUUUUCUAAGGCCAUGUUGUACUGGUUCAAUUUAGGCGCUUUAUUCAUCUUUGUCAGCUUGCUGGCUCGAGCGCAUCCGAAACAAUCUGCACAUGAUGUCUUUGUCUCUAUGAUCAAUGCCACUGGAUGGGACAGCAAUGUCGUGGUCUUUUUCAUCGGGUUGGUACCGGGAGUAGGAUUCGUUUCGGGAUUCGACUGUGUUACUCAUAUGGCCGAUGAAGUACCAGAUCCACAUCGGGUGGUACCCCUUGUGAUGGUGGGCGCAUCAGCCAUCAGCUUCCUUGCCGGACUUCCAAUGCUUUUCACUUAUACCUUCUGCAACACAAAGCCGCAAAACUUGCUCACUCCUAUUGGCAACAAUCCCAUCGUUCAGCUCUACCUUGACGCAUACGAUUCAAAAGCUCUGACGGUCACUGCAACAGCUAUCCUUUUAGUCGGUGAAAUAGCUGCUGCCGCCGCUUGUCUUUGUGCCGCCGGUCGGUCAUGGUGGGCAUUUGCGGAGCACCAGGGAACUCCAUUUCCAAAGUUUUUUGGUAGAGUAAACAAGCGCUACUCUAUCCCGGUCAAUGCUAUUACAUUCUUGGCUGUCCUCACCGUGCUGAUCAGCGCCAUCUCGCAUAGGGUCUACUACUGCUCUGAACGCCAUUCUUGGCGGCGGAUUACUGUGCGUCUAUAUAUCCUAUUUUAG